UUAUGUAAGUGCUAAUUAGGAUUAACAUUAAAAGUCAGCUUUACCUAUUGAAUUUCCUCUUGUAUGCUUAGUUAUUUAUGAACUAUUAGAUUGGAUGAAGCGGUAUUUCCCUGCUGCCGAGAUGAGGAGACAUGAAAACCAGGCGGCCAGGCCAACAGCAGGCUGCCUGUCUGUGCCACUCUUCAACCAGAAGAAAAGAAACAGAUUGCCUCUAACAUCCACCCCCUUGGAGAAUGAAUUCUUUUACCACAAUGAGUACAUGCCAACCAACUCAGCUUCAUCUGGCAAUACAGCAGGUACCUCUGGUUGUUACCAGGCCUCAGGUCCUUCUACCAGUGCCUCUGCUCCUCAGAGCCACCAGUGGAACAGACAGGGUGGCACACUGUCUUAUCAGCCACAACAGUCGCACCAACAGUAUGGAGGCAGCAGACCUGCCCCAGGACCUGCUCCUACAGUGAGAGACUAUACCCACUUACCACAUCCAUACAAACUUGGAAACACAAGUUCUCAGAUGGGAAAGCCCAACAACACAAUGAGACAGCAGGACUCCAGGUCCAAUGUUAACUCCGGACAGAAUACUUAUCAGGCCUUCUGCAACAGUGGCGGUACACAAAGCAAGCCUCAUAGUGGUUUCUCUCAGAUGGGUCAGCAGUCAGCGUACAGACAGGCCAAUCCCCCAAAGCAGCAGUACUCACAGCAGUCUAGACCUCUGCCUCCUCGUCUCCCACCACCCAGCAGGCCCUCUCUUCCUGCGGCCCAGCCUCAAAACACAACUUGGAAAAUUCAGUGCACUAAGAACUCCAGACCACAGACAAACAGGAGCACGUUUCUCGCUCAAACCCAAACCCAAGCUCAGCAGACACAGCCAUCAUACCAGGUCAAGCCAGCCAUUGAGAACUCACUGAGGAUUGUGACUACAGUUGUUGAUGGCAUAAGACACUGGAGCCAGUUCAAAGACAGAGUCCCAUACCUAUUUGAAAUAUUCGCUACUCUGGACUCAGCAGUCACACUGGGCGCCCACAGAGCCAAGAACUUCCUCAUGAGAGACGGGAAGGAGGUUGUGCAGUGUGUCUUCUAUGAAAAUGAGCAGGAACUGCCCCGUCUGAUCCGUGGGCAGGUUCACCGCUGUGUCGGCAACUAUGACCGCAACCAAGAUAUUCUGGUGUGUGUGUCAGUCAGGCCCGGCCUGCCCUCAGAGCAGAGGAAUGCCCAGGAGGCUGUCAAAGCAUGUGAUGUAGAAAUGAGGGCACUGGUAAAAUCAGUCAGUGAAGUCUGAAGUCUGAACAUGAGCAGCAGACUAGAGCAGUAAAGAAAUGCAUAGGAGAGAUGUGUUGCAAGUGUGCAUGGGUGCAGUACCUAGUGUUAUACAGUAUUCUUGUUAUGGCUGUAAGUCCCAGUAGUUUUAAAGAGUGUUCAAGUUAUGAAUACAAUUUCUGACCUGUAAGGCAUGUCACUGUCAUGAGUUUCUUGCAUGCACAAAAAAUAUGCUUGUACUUUCACAGUUCAAAUUUUGUUUUAAGUUGCAGG